UAUGUCGAAUGUCUUCUGAUUAACAGGGGAGGUGGGAAGUCUUUUAAAACGGCAACAGUUUUUUUUACUGACAGAGGAAACUUGAUUGAAAAUGACCACUUGAGGUCUCUGUCCUACGACUGAAGGAGGACGGGAGACUGAUGGGAAACUGAAGUUGCAGCCCUACGACUGCUGAUCUGGAGAGAGUCCCUUACGCCCCGCGCAUUUGGAGGAAUCAACAUUGUCAGCAUGGCCUCAGCAUCCGAUAAGAACCGGCGACUUUUGAUGGAUCUUCUGGAAACAGAUGGAAAUGGAAACUGUGUUGAUUGCGGUGUGGCAGAGCCCAAGUGGGCAUCCUCCACCCUGGGUGUUUUUGUGUGCCACAGUUGCUCCGGCCUGCACAGGAACAUCUCCCAGAUCAGCCGGGUCAAGUCCAUCUUCAUGGACCCCUGGGAGGCAGAGGAGGUCAAGUUCAUCGCCUCGGCUGGAAAUAAUGCAGCUGUGGCCAAGUACGAGCAGAAGAUCCCCGCGUUCUACUACAGGCCGACCAACACAGACUGCAUGCUACUACGGGAGCAGUGGAUCAGAGCAAAGUACGAGAGGAAGGAGUUUAUAUUUGUGGACAGACAGGAACCCUAUUCGGCAGGAUACAGAGAGGGGUUUCUAUGGAAACGCGGGCGAGACAACGGUCAGUUUUUGAGCCGCAAAUUUAUCCUGUCGGAACGAGAGGGAGCCCUGAAGUACUUCAACAAACAGGAUGCCCGGGAGCCCAAAGCUGUGAUGAAGAUUCAGAACCUAAAUGCCUCGUUCCAGCCGUCUAAGAUCGGCCACUCACACGGCAUCCAGAUCACCUACCUGAAGGACAACAGCACCAGGAACAUCUUUGUGUAUCAUGAAGAUGGAAAGGAAAUGGUGGACUGGUUUAAUGCCAUCCGAGCUGCUAGGUUUCACUACCUACAAGUGGCUUACCCUGGAGCACCUGACACUGUUCUGGUGCCCAAACUGACGCGAAACUACCUGAAGGAAGGCCACAUGGAGAAGACCGGCCCCAGGCACACUGAGGGCUUUAAGAAGCGCUGGUUCACUAUGGACGACAGAAGACUCAUGUACUUCAAAGACCCUAUGGAUGCAUAUGCACGUGGUGAGGUGUUUAUUGGCAGUAAGGAGAACAGCUACACUGUCCUGGCGGGUCUACCUCCGACCACCCAGGGCAACCACUGGCAGUUUGGCAUCACCAUAGUAACCCCUGACCGAAAGUUUCUGUUGGCCUGUGAGACCGAGGCGGACCAGCAGGGGUGGAUUGCCGCAUUUCAGAAAGUGAUCAAUCGGCCGAUGAUGCCCCAGGAGUAUGCAGUGGAGGCGCACUUCAAACACAAGCCCUGAAGGAGGCGCUGUUUGCCUGUGGUGGGAUGGCCCAGAGGGCAGCGCGGUGGUCCUCAGGGGAUCGGAGGCUCCAGGAUGCCCAGGGUCAGUAUCUGAGAGAGGGGUCAAUGCAGACCGGCCCCAUUGAUCUCAGCGAAGAGAGAAGCUGGACCUUUCUCACUGCGUCCGCCUGUGCCUGUUUUUGCCAACAGCCUAAACUCCCUUCUCUCUUCUCCCUUUCUCUCUCUUUACCCAUCUUUCUCUCUCUAUCGCUUCCUCUCUUUCUCUCUCUCACACUCACACACACACACACACACACACCGAUUUCAAUACGCUAGAUCUCUUGAGCUCUCAAGUAGUGAACAUCAUAUACUGCUCACAUUGUCUUAGAAUGACUCCUGCUCAGUGGUCCAGUGCAUCUGACUAUCCGCUGCAUCCAGUGAAGCUUCAUAACGGACCGCCAAUCAAAACACAAAUCCUAGAUGACCAUCAGAAAUGAACGGACAUGUUGAAGAAUAUCAAAAAUCACUGGACAUUUGCAUCCAUAACUCCACAGAAUCUGCACAAGCUUUUGAAGUACACAGCCUGUGUGUUAAGCAGGUGGGCGCCUGCCUCAAUGUGUGAGUUUACAGCUAAAAAAAAUGGCAUUGUUGAUCUGAAGAGCUCCCAUUUGUCUCUGAAGCUGCUCCUGCAAGAACUGUACAGGCUCCUGUGCUCAUUGUGAGUGUGUAACUAAGGUUACCUGUGUAACUAAGGUUACCUGUGCUCAUUAUGAGUGCGUAACUAAGGUUACCUGUGCUCAUUGUGAGUUAACUAAGGUUACCUGUGCUCAUUGUAAGUGUGUAACUAAGGUUGCCUGUGCUCAUUGUGAGUGUGUAACUAAGGUUGCCUGUGCUCAUUGUGCUCAUUGUGAGUGUGUAACUAAGGUUGCCUGCUCAUUGUGAGUGUGUAACUACAGUAAGGUUGCCUGUGCUCAUUGUGAGUGUGUAACUAAGGUUACCUGUGUAACUAAGGUUACCUGUGCUCUGCUUUGCUCCUCUUUCCCCAAGGAACAGCAACAGCAUCUUCUAGUGGAGUUGUAUGUGUCAGUAAUCUAGUGAUCAAAGAAGGGUUCUCAUUGGUAUUUAUUUAUGUUUGUACUGAUAACUGUUACUGGUGGAGUUGUGAGUCUGGAGCAUCGAACAUGACUGUAUUAACUGUGCUUGACAAUAUGGGUAUAGAUCACUGUAAUAGCCAGUGCAAUGUAUGUAUAUUAUACAUUUUAAAACUACACCAUAAUGCAACUGUAAAUGCAGCUCAAAAGUAGAUGUGGUUGGUUAAGUCAGCUUUAUUUAUUGCAGUUGCUCAGUAGUAAUGGUACUGAUGCAAAGAUGAUGAUGGUAAAGAUUCCCAUGUUCCUCAUUCCUCCUCCAAUAGGGGGCGGUAGAAGCAAAGGUUUGUGGCAAUCUGAUAGUGUUGGAGCUCUUCAUCAAGCGCAUGUAGAAAUGAGUGACAGAGUUGACUUCAGUUCUAGAUGUUAAAAGUAUUACUGUGUUUUGACAAUUUCAGUUCUCACUGCAAACAAAAUUAAAGACUGCCCAAAAGA